AGCCCUCCUCUUUCAUCUAAGGAGAGUCAUUUUUUAAAAAGCUUAUUGACCUAUUGGUUUACAAAAGAAGACAUUUAGUGAAACCAAAGAUCAGUCCACUUGAAUUUGAAUUAUUUUUAUCAGCACUUAACCCCGAGGCUGUACAUACCGGUUUGAGAUCCAAAGAUUCUUUGAGCUCUUAAAGGUAAUUUCUAUUUGACCAUUCAUCGCCUAGGAGGAUCUUUGGUGCCGUGUUUAAACCUUUCAGUAAGGGGGUUUGUGGAUUAAAAGGCCAGUGCUCUAUAUUCAGUGCCUAGGAGGGUGCCCAGCAUAGAAUCUAGGGGUUCCCGAGGGAGGGCUAGCUUUGUGGCAGGCAUGUGACCUGUGUCGAGCUUGGUUUAAUGCUCUGCUGUCUCGAAAUUCUUACUUUUUGAACGAGGGCCCUUGUAUUUUUGUUUGGCACUGGGCUCUGCAAAUUAUGUAGCUGAUCUUGGUGCUUAAUAAAUAUUUGUGACAAAAUGAAUGACUUGAGUACAGCAUUUAGAAACUUAAGAUUUUGCUCCUGAAAACUUUGGCUUGAUGAUGAGCCUUAGUUUCCCUGUCUUUCUGAGAUGCAAGGAAAUGAAAAACAGACUGGAUGCCAUCCAAUUAAGUAUCUCAACUAGAAUAUUAUUUGGAAGUGAAUCUGAAUGGCCUUAGAAAACAAGCCUUCUCCAAAGUGUUCAGUAUAACCUCUUGAUUGGGUUGGGCUGAGUAGAAGUUCUGAUAGAAUGUGGAAGAUUGAAGGUUACCUAAUGGCAAAUGUAAUACGCUGCAUCACGUCUCUAUUUUCUUUUCUUUAUAUUCUUAGCUAUAUUUCAGCUCAUGUUUGUUUAACUAUUAACUUUAAAAUAUUUAACUCUUAAAUAUUUCUCCGUAUCAGUGAUGCAAUUAUUCAUAAUUAUCGAUUUACUGAUAAUACUCAGGGUGUUAAGAUAUUGGGAAGGAUUUAUAUUAAAUCUUUUUUUGUUUUCUGGAGAAUAUGAAUGAGUAUGUAAAAUAGGAGAGGGUAUACAGUAGUGGAGGGAGCAUGCUCUGGUCAUCGGGUCCUUCCUUUGCCUCCAAAGGCAAGUUGGUCUUAAAAAACUAUAUCUAAGGCUCUCCAGUGUUGUAAAUUUCUUCAUUCUUGUUGAGAGCAAGUUCUGUUGCUUACUCAGAUUUAUGGCAGGAAAAGAGGCAGUAUAGAGCAUGACCAGGAGUGUGGGUUUCAGAGUUGGGCUGCCUGGGCGUGAAUGCUGUCUCACCCACUUUCUAGUUCUGUGACUUAGGGAAAAUUACGUUGUCUCUUAGCCUCAGUUUUCCUCAUCUGUACAAUAGGGGUAAUUCCUAAAAUGGAUCUCAAAGACUGUUAUGUGUAAACACUCACAUGCUCCAUGGUGAACACUUAAUACAUGCUAAGGAAAUUUUUUAAAGUCUGUUUACUUAUUUAUUUAAGUUGUUUACAGAUUAUCAAAUAACAAUUGAAAGAUUGCAUUGCCACCCUUGAAGAUAUCAUGGCCUAGUGAGGGAACUGAUUUGUAAUCUAAGGAUUAGGAGACUAUGGAAUAAGUGCCAACAUGGAAGGAAUUAGAGGGUGGUGAGAAGACCUCCGAGGAGCCCUAAGCCACCCUUGGGGGAAGGGAGAGACGGCCUGUUCCCUUAGUUGCUCUUCCAAGGGACAGGCGGUCUCUAGAACAGUGGGUGAAGGUCUGAGAAUCUGUGAGAGAGUUUGGGGAAUCCUAAAUAGUUUAGUGGGGCAGAAGCUUAAAGAACAAUUGGGAGACCAUGAAAAAUAGGGUAGAGAUAUAAACAGAGGCCACGCAUGAAGAUGUGGCCCAAAGGUAGGAGGGCACCCAGGAAAGUUGUGUCAUAGAGGCCAGAAGAGGGAGGGAGUGUCUGUAACAAAAGCUAUGGACAGUUAAAGUAAGGUGAAAACUGAAAAGUGAUUUAAUAACCAGGAAAUGGCUGGCAUCUAUUUUUGUCUAUCAUUUGCUAGUUAGUGUGAAUGAUUUUUUAAGCUCUAACCAUUGUAAGCUACAGGAGACAUUUAAAUUAGAUGCAGAAGUGUCUGGCUAAAAGAGGAUUAAAUCCUCAAUUUACCAAAAGAAAUUUUACCAUCCUUUUUUCUCUAGUGCUUUCAGAUUGGGAUGAGCCACAAGUUCAAAAUUAGUUCAUGGCCCCACCCUACUGCCUCUUCAGUUGGGAGAGGGUAAGAGAGCUUAUUUAUCAUUAUCACUGUAGAAUCUGAUCAAGUUUUUAGUUCCUAGUGAUAACUAAAGAUUAAAAAAAAAAUUGAGUAUCAGGUACUUUUCUAGGCAUUUUAUGUGUGUUAGUUAAUUUAAUCGGUUAUCUUUAAAUCUUUCUCUUCUUAGGAAGGAGGGUUUUUAGUCUCAUUUUAUAGGUGAAAAAAACCAAAGAACAGAGAGAUUAAGCAUUUUGUUAAAGGUUGCAAAGCUACUGUGUUUUGGACUUUGCUUUUAACAGAUAGUCUGAAUUCAAGCCCCAGACACAUCUUUAUCCCUCUUUAUCACAACUGUACCUCCUGCUUCUUUACUGUAGCUCCUUAUCCUUUUGCUGGAUACAUGGAUGAAUGAAUGAUUUGAAUUACUGAAAAGGGCUGGGGUGAUAAUUACUUUUAUUCAGGUUAGCAAAUCUGAUUAAAAUUUUUUUCCUCCCUGUUGGCUCUAAGUUUCUUCUCUUUUCUUUUUUGGCCAUGCCUGCUGCAUGCAGAGGUUCCUAGGCCACGGAUUGUCCCACACCACAGCUGUAACCAGAGCCACAGCCAUGACAACGUUGGAUCCUUAACCCACUGAGUUACAUGGGAACUCCUCUUUUCUUUUUCUAAGGGAAGUUUAUUCUUUUGUUACUUCAAACAAUAAUCCAGUUCCUAAAGUUUUGAAGCUUAAGGUGUAUUUGAGAAUUUAUUUCUUAGUAAUGGAAGAAUAGCCAAAUAAGCCCUCUUUGUGGCGUGGGUCUUGGGGUCUCAGUUUGUUAGCAAUGGUGAUCUGGAAUAUGCAAGAGUGGACCACUGCUGCAACUCCCCGGGAGAUGAUGGAGCUGCGAGCCAUUGGACCAAGGCCAGCUCUGAGUUCCCUGACCUUUGGAAGCCAGGGAUACCAAGAUAACUAAGUGACAAAAAAGUAGCAGAAUAUGACAGAAGGGACAUUAUUCUCAUGUUUGUGACUUUCUUUUUAGCUGUAACUCUGUGGUCUUGUGAGGCCCUUAUGCAAAAUGGAGCUACAAUUCUUAUCUUUGGAGGUGAAAUGAAUGUGAAAGGAAAUGUUUGCAGGGCUUAUAAAAAAUUUGACUACUGUGUCUUUAAUGAACAGAAGAACUUUAUGUGAUGAAACUAACUUUCCUACCAUAGAAAUACUUUAUAAAGUUUGUUUAUGUUUAAGGACCUUAAAAUAUGCUUGAAGGCUCUCCAUUUUACCGAGAAUAAAGAAUAUGUGGCAUGUUUUUUAACUCCUCCGGUAACAUCUGUGAUAGGUAGUUCUUUGAGACAUUUCUACUUCCACCGAGGACCAAGAUUCUUUGCUCUAUAGCAUUACUAACCAUUGUAGAGUUGGAACAUAUUUAUUAAUAAUUUAUUAAUAUUACUUAAGGAUAGUCACACUAAAUGUGAAAGGAACAGAGAGAGAGCCACGUCAGGGUAUCUUUUUAAAAAACUAGACGUGAUUAUCAGUAUUUUAAAAAAGCAACUUUACUAUUCUUGCAUAGGUGAUGAAGAUAUUGCAGUUUAUUUCCUAAAGCUUAAUAGGUUUGAACGUGGAGUUUAUUUGUAGAAGGCAAAUAAGAGGCAAUUUAUAAAAGCAGAUCUUUGAAUAGAAUAAUGAUAAGCGUAUCCCUCCUAUAAACUGCAUUAUGACAGGUGUUUCCUUAAGUGCAAUGUGAUUUGAAAAAAAGGCCGAUAUGUGAGAUGAUUGCUGUGGACCUAGAUUUACUUAGAAGAUUUUGGUAGAUGGUUCCUGGCUGGACUGCAGUUGAUCGAGCAUAGCCCUGACCUCACCAGUGAGAACCUAGUAAGGUUCACUUUUUAGUUUUUAAAGCACAAUUAUGAAUCGAAUCUUAAAAUAUAAAGCUCUGAAACUGGUGACUCAGACUACUGUCAUCAGCAAGAGGGUAGAGGAUUUUUAUGUCUUUCACACAAAGGGCGUUCAAUACUAUCAUUUUCUAAUUUUUCCUUUAUUGACUUUAUUUAGAUCUUGUCCCAUGAGAAGAGAGUCGAGCUGGCUUACUUCAAAGGUCUUUAUAAUUUUUGAGGGUCCUUUUUGCUGGUGUUUUUAGAGACCUUAAUUUUUUAUUAAAAUGGCAGAUACAGUGGAAUUAAGAAAUCCAUUGCGAGUGAAAAUGUCCUUAAACCAGGUGGAAUAUGCAAUAUGUCAGUGACUUGGAGUUAACAAAGAUGUUUAAAUCAAAGCAGAAGAAUAUGUUUUAAAAAUAAAACAAUUAAAUUUUAUGAGUUAGAAGUAAAAUAAUAUGUAGGGAAUUAUAUAACAUGAAUGUGUUAACUACAAUAUUUAUAGUUUAAAAAAAUCAUGGUGGAAAUGAUUUAAUCCGAGACCUCAGGCCCUCUCAGUUAAAUUGCUUUUAUGCCAUCAUCAUUUUCUAAAUUAUUGGAACCUGUAUGUGUCAGAGUUUGUUUCUACAUUGCUUGGUCAUGGGAAAAAAAACAUUUGUAUAAGUUAAGUCUCUUUCAUUCAUUUAUAUCACCCUGUACUUAUGUAUGAGUGUGUUCGGUCUCUGAAAUUAAAAGAACAUUGUGUUUAUUGGCGAAUAAGAAGUUCUUAUAGAGUGCUCUAUUUUUGCAGCUGUGCUUCAUGGUAUCACGUUCCAAAGAGGUCAGCUGGGCAUGACCUCAUGGGCAUGAAUCUUGGGGAGACAAUUCUGGAACAGCUACAGGCCUGCAGAGUUGAAAGCCAAUGCACAAUGUCUCAAUGCAGAAUGCAGAGUGCUGUAGUUAGGAGGUGUCUAGUCUGAUUGGCAAACUUACCUGAGAAAUUGAGACUCAAGAUUGUGAGAAUGUGUGACUAGGACCGAAAGCAGAUCUCCAGGUGGAGUCUUUGAAUUUUUUUAAAAGACGAUGGUAAUCAGAUCUACUUGAAAAAUUAAGCGAAUCGAUUUGUUUGGAACAUUCUUUUACCAAUUCUUUAACAUUUAGCCACUGGAUUCCCAGAAGUUGUCUAUGAGUUCCUGUGGAGAGAGCCUUGUGGAAAGCAAAAACGGCUGUGAUGCAGUUUUUUGAUAUGAGGAUAACAGAAACUCCAAGCAGGAAAGAGAUUUUAUGCAUAGCAGUUUGUUGAAGGCUCUCCAAGGAUGAUGCUGGAGCGAAUAUUGUGCCCUCAGAUAUGUUUGAAAUCUCAUGUAAAAGGUGCAUGUGAAAUAGGAGUGAUUUCCAAUUCCCUAGUAAUAUUCUUGAUGAAGCCUUUCACUGAGGUGAAAACAUAGACAUUGUAGGGGCAUCCAGGCCCCUGGAUGUAGGGGCAUCCAGGUCCUGCUGGAAUCUCCCCUCAGACAGAGGGAUGGAAGCUCUUCCUGGUCAGGAAUAGGGAGCAUGGCACAGGAUUUAUUGAAUUUCAUGAUAAAAUGGAAGCAGUGAGACAAUCAUGCCCAUGAGAACUCUAAACCACUCAGACCAUUUUAUUUUAGUGAAACUGGCAAUUGAACUUUGCUCUAGUUGAUGGGCAAAAUUUCUCCUAGAAUAUUCAUCAUCCCAACUUCAUCCUAGUUGAAAAUAUUCAAAUGCCAUAAGAAUUCUUUAUAGAUUUGCACUUAGCUUUUGGAUGGACAUUUCUACAAUGAAGAGAACUGUGUUAUAGCCCCGGUCCAAGGACAUUACCAUCUAAUGCCCAUAGACUGCGGGGUGGGAGUGAAGGUUCCAAAGAGAAGGCGUACUCAGCAAGUUUUGCAGACACCCUGGAACAUGGAAACAAGCAGGCUUUGAGAAAGCACCGCUUUGAAGACACUCCAUGCGUCUGCACAGCUUUCAAGCGAACUAGCCCUUAAGACCUUGUGUAACAAAAUGGACACUGGGGACACAGCUCUAGGACAAAAAGCUACCUCAAGGUCUGGAGAAACUGAUAAAGCAUCCAGUAGAUGGAGACAGGAACAAUCAGCUGUUAUUAAGAUGAGCACUUUUGGCAGUCAAGAAGGACAGCGGCAACCGCAAAUAGAUCCUGAGCAAAUAGGAAACACGGUGUCAGCACAACUCUUUGGUUCUGGGAAACUGGCCUCACCUAGCGAAGUGGCACAGCAAGUCACAGAGAAGCAAUACCCACCACACCGUCCGAGUCCUUAUUCAUGCCAACAUUCACUCUCCUUCCCUCAGCACUCAUUGCCACAGGGGGUCAUGCACAGCAACAAGCCACAUCAGAGCCUCGAGGGCCCUCCGUGGCUUUUCCCUGGCCCUUUGCCACCUGUUGCCUCCGAGGACUUAUUUUCCUUUCCUAUACACGGCCACAGUGGUGGUUAUCCCAGAAAAAAGAUUUCAAGUCUGAACCCUGCUUAUAGCCAAUACUCCCAGAAAAGUAUUGAACAGUCUGAAGAUGCUCACAAAAAAGAGCACAAACCCAAGAAGCCCGGCAAGUACAUUUGCCAUUACUGCAACAGGGCAUGUGCCAAACCCAGCGUACUGAAAAAACACAUCAGGUCCCAUACUGGUGAGCGGCCAUAUCCAUGUAUACCUUGUGGUUUCUCUUUCAAGACAAAGAGCAAUUUGUACAAGCACAGGAAGUCACAUGCCCAUGCCAUUAAGGCAGGAUUAGUCCCUUUCACAGAGUCAGCUGUAUCUAAAUUGGACCUGGAGGCCGGGUUUAUUGACGUAGAAGCAGAAAUACAUUCAGAUGGUGAACAGAGUACAGACACAGAUGAGGAAAGUUCUUUGUUUGUUGAGGCCCCUGACAAAAUGAGUCCUGGGCCACCUAUCCCUUUGGACAUUGCCAGCAGAGGUGGCUAUCAUGGGUCACUGGAGGAAUCACUGGGAGGGCCGAUGAAGGUGCCGAUUUUGAUUAUCCCCAAAAGCGGGAUUCCUUUACCUAAUGAGAGCUCUCCGUAUAUUGGUUCUGAUAUGCUAUCAAACCCGUCUUUAAAUACUAAGCCUGAUGACUCUCACACAGUUAAACAGAAACUUGCACUAAGACUGUCAGAGAAAAAAGGACAAGAUUCUGAGCCAUCUCUGAACCUUCUGAGCCCGCACAGUAAAGGAAGCACUGACUCUGGUUACUUUUCCCGCUCAGAAAGUGCAGAGCAGCAGAUUAGCCCUCCAAACACAAAUGCAAAGUCUUAUGAAGAAAUCAUCUUUGGAAAAUACUGUCGGCUCAGUCCGAGAAAUACACUCAGUGUUACAACCACGAGUCAGGAGCGUGCCACGAUGGGUAGGAAGGGCACCAUGGAAUCAUUACCUCAUGUAAACACCAGGCUAGAUGUCAAGAUUUUUGAAGAUCCAGUUUCACAGCUGAUCCCAGGCAAGGGAGAAGUCGACCCCAGUCAGACAAGCAUGCUGAAAUCCGCUAAAUUCAACAGUGAGUCACGACAAUCCCAGACUAUUCCAUCAUCUAUCAGGAAUGAAGGAAAACUUUAUCCAGCCAAUUUCCAAGGUAGCAGCCCAAUCCUCCUAGAAGCUCCUGUUGACUCUUCACCCCUGAUUAGAAGCAACUCAAUGCCAACUUCUUCAGCAACUAAUUUAAGUCUUCCUCCUUCUCUGAGAGGAAGUCACUCAUUUGAUGAAAGGAUGACUGGUUCCGAUGAUGUGUUCUACCCAGGGACUGUAGGAAUAGCCCCUCAGCGCAUGUUAAGGAGACAAGCAGCUUUCGAGCUGCCCUCAGUACAGGAGGGGCACGUGGAGGCAGAACACCACGGCAGGAUGUCCAAGGGUAUCACAGGUUCAUCCCUGAAGGAAAAGAAAUUGAUUCCUGGGGACAGGGUUGGGUACGAUUACGACGUCUGUCGGAAGCCCUAUAAGAAGUGGGAGGACUCUGAGACGCCAAAGCAAAGCUAUAGGGAUAUUUCUUGCAUCAGCCCCUUAAAACAUGGUGGAGAGUAUUUCAUGGAUCCCUCGGUGCCACUUCAGGGAGUGCCAACCAUGUUUGGGACUACGUGUGAAAAUCGAAAACGCCGGAAAGAGAAGAGUGUAGGGGAUGAGGAGGACACCCCCAUGAUUUGCAGCAGCGUCGUCAGCACGCCCGUGGGCAUCACAACCUCAGAUUACGAUCCCAAACUGCAGCUGCAGGAAGGAGCGAGGAGUGGGUUCAUGCUGGCUGGACAGGAGAACCCUUCUCAUGGUCACUCUGAGCGCUUCGAUCCGUGUCGACCCCCGCUGCAAUCCGGAAGUCCGUCUCUUGGGUCAGAGGAGUCCCCCGCAGGCGCUGAUUCAGACAAGCUGUCAGACGUAGGGGGCAGAAAACCUCCCGGAAAUGUGAUUUCUGUGAUUCAGCACACGAACUCGCUGAGCCGACCCAACUCAUUUGAGAGGUCCGAGUCUGCGGAGCUGGCGGCCAGCGCCCAGGAGAAAGCCUCGUCACCUUCUGAGACGUGCGACAGUGAGAUUUCGGAAGCCCCCGUGAGCCCCGAGUGGGCGCCGCCGGGGGAGAGCGCGGAAGCGGGGGCGAAACCAUCCCCUUCGCAGCCCGGCCAGCAGCAGCCCUACCACGCGCAGCCCCGGUUGGUGCGCCAGCACAACAUCCAGGUCCCCGAGAUUCGCGUGACCGAGGAGCCCGACAAGCCAGAGAAGGAGAAAGAAGGCCAGAGUAAAGAGCCAGACAAGCCCAUGGAGGAAUUUCAGUGGCCCCAGAGAAGCGAGACGCUCUCCCAACUUCCAGCAGAGAAGCUGCCGCCCAAAAAGAAGCGUUUGCGGCUCGCGGAUAUGGAGCACUCCUCCGGGGAAUCCAGCUUCGAGUCCACGGGCACAGGCCUCUCCCGCAGCCCUAGCCAGGAAAGUAACUUAUCCCACAGCUCCAGUUUCUCCAUGUCUUUCGAUAGAGAAGAAACCAUGAAGCUUGGGGCACCUCCCAAGCAGGAUGAGUUUGGGAAGCACUCGGAGUUUUUGACCGUUCCGGCUGGUUCCUACUCGCUGUCUGUCCCUGGCCACCACCACCAAAAGGAGAUGCGACGCUGCUCGUCCGAGCAGAUGCCUUGUCCUCACCCAGCCGAAGUCCCAGAAAUUCGGAGCAAAUCUUUUGAUUAUGGGAAUUUGUCCCAUGCUCCAGUGGCAGGGGCCUCGGCCUCCACGUUGUCCCCCUCCCGGGAGAGGAAGAAGUGCUUUCUGGUGCGGCAGGCUUCUUUCAGCGGCUCCCCGGAGAUCGCCCAGGGAGAGGUCGGUGCGGAGCUGGUGAAGCAGGAACAGCUGGAGCAUCUGCACGCCAGCCUCAGGUCCACAUGGCACCACGCCCCGUGCUCUGUGCUCCCUCCUCUUCAGGCAGAGGAUCCAGGGAAGCAGGUUGUGGGUCCUUGUGCCCAGCUGAGCUCAGGACCACUCCACCUGGCCCAGCAGCAGAUCAUGCACCUGGACAGUCAGGAAUCUCUGAGAAAUCCUUUGAUACAACCUACAUCCUACAUUACAAGCAAGCACUUGUCUGAACAGCCACACUUAUUUCCACAUCAAGAGUCUAUUCCGUUUUCUCCGAUCCAGAACGCCUUGUUUCAGUUUCAAUACCCUACCGUCUGUAUGGUUCAUUUACCAGCUCAGCAGCCCCCCUGGUGGCAGGCACACUUCCCCCAUCCCCUUGCUCAGCACCCUCCGAAGAGCUAUGGCAAGCCUUCCUUCCAGGCAGAAAUGCACCCCAGCUAUCCCCUGGAGCCUGUGGCAGAGCACACUGGAAAGAAAUCCGCUGAUUACACGCACACGAAAGAGCAAACCUACCCGGGUUAUUCAGGAACAUCAGGGCUACACUCAAAGAACCUUCUUCCAAAGUUUCCGUUGGACCAGAGCACCAAGUCAGCAGAUACUCCCUCCGAGUCGGUCCUUCAGGAAGAUUUCGCCUCGGCAAACGCUGGGCCUUUACAGUCCUUACCAGGAACAGUGGUUCCGGUUAGGAUCCAGACCCACGUACCGUCCUAUGGGAGUGUCAUGUACACAAGCAUUUCUCAGAUACUUGGGCAGAACAGCCCGGCCAUCGUCAUAUGCAAAGUCGACGAGAAUGUGACCCAAAGAACACUGGUAACCAACGCAGCCAUGCAGGGGAUCGGGUUUAACAUUGCCCAGGUGUUGGGCCAGCACACGGGCUUGGAAAAAUACCCUAUCUGGAAAGUACCUCAGACCUUACCCCUGGGCUUAGAAUCCUCCAUCCCCUUAUGUUUACCUUCCACCUCUGACAGCGUGGCCACCCUGGGAGGCAGCAAGCGGAUGCUCUCGCCAGCCAGCAGCUUAGAGCUCUUCAUGGAAACAAAGCAGCAGAAAAGGGUCAAAGAAGAAAAGAUGUACGGACAGAUCGUGGAGGAGCUCAGUGCUGUGGAGCUGACCAACUCAGACAUCAAAAAGGAUCUCUCCCGCCCACAGAAACCCCAGCUGGUUCGACAGGGCUGUGCUUCUGAGCCCAAGGAUGGCUUGCCAUCAAGAUCAUCUUCCUUCUCCUCGCUCUCGCCCUCCUCAUCUCAAGACCAUCCAUCGGCCAGCGCAUCCUUGAGGGAGCCUUUCCCACCGAGCUCCAAGGCCCCGCCUCUGGGGCAGAAGUCCAUCCGGCCUUCAGAAAGCAAAGAGUCCUCAGAUGAAUUAGACAUUGAUGAGACGGCAUCUGAUAUGAGCAUGAGCCCACAGAGCUCCUCCUUGCCACCUGGGGACAGUCAGCUCGAAGAGCAAGGCAAGGGCCAGAAGCUGCCUGCUAGCAUGCUGGUCCACAGGGCCUCUGGCCCAAGUGGGAAAGUAGCAAAUUCAACUCUUCUUUUCACAGAUGUGGCAGAUUUCCAGCAGAUUCUUCAGUUCCCCAGUCUGCGGACAACAACGACUGUGAGUUGGUGCUUCUUGAAUUAUACAAAACCCAAUUACGUGCAACAGGCCACCUUCAAGUCCUCGGUUUAUGCUUCAUGGUGCAUUAGUUCCUGUAACCCAAACCCAUCAGGAUUGAACACCAAGACCACGCUGGCUCUUCUGAGGUCCAAGCAAAAAAUCACCGCAGAAAUUUAUACUCUGGCUGCUAUGCAUAGGCCUGGAACCGGCAAGCUUACGUCAUCAAGUGCUUGGAAGCAGUUUGCUCAGAUGAAACCCGAUGCGUCCUUUUUAUUUGGCAGCAAACUAGAAAGGAAACUAGUGGGAAAUAUCUUAAAGGAAAGAGGGAAAGGAGAUAUUCAUGGAGAUAAGGAUAUUGGAUCCAAACAAACUGAACCCAUUCGAAUUAAAAUCUUCGAAGGAGGGUAUAAGUCAAAUGAAGAUUACGUAUAUGUCAGAGGACGUGGACGUGGAAAGUACAUUUGUGAAGAAUGUGGAAUUCGCUGUAAGAAACCAAGCAUGCUCAAAAAGCAUAUCCGCACUCAUACUGAUGUCCGGCCUUAUGUUUGCAAGUUAUGUAACUUCGCCUUCAAAACAAAAGGGAACCUAACGAAGCAUAUGAAAUCUAAAGCACACAUGAAGAAAUGCCUGGAGUUGGGAGUCUCCAUGACAUCAGUGGAUGAUACAGAAACUGAGGAAGCAGAAACGAUGGAAGAUUUGCACAAAGCCGCCGGGAAGCAUAGCAUGUCCAGCAUUUCAACGGAUCACCAGUUCUCAGAUGCCGAAGAAUCAGAUGGUGAGGAUGGAGAUGAUAAUGAGGACGACGAUGAAGAUGAUGAUGACUUUGACGACCAAGGAGAUUUGACACCCAAAACAAGGUCAAGAAGCACCAGUCCCCAGCCCCCUAGAUUCUCCUCCCUGCCUGUGAAUGUUGGCGCCGUGCCCCAUGGGGUUCCUUCCGACAGCUCCCUGGGGCAUUCUUCGCUGAUCAGCUAUUUGGUUACUUUGCCAAGUAUUCAGGUUACUCAGCUGAUGACACCAAGUGACUCAUGUGAAGAUACUCAGAUGACAGAAUACCAGAGGUUAUUCCAGAGCAAAAGUACAGACUCGGAACCAGACAAAGACAGGCUAGACAUCCCUAGUUGUAUGGAUGAAGAGUGCGUGCUGUCCUCAGAGCCCAGCUCCUCCCCGAGGGACUUCUCACCCUCCAGCCGCCAUUCCUCCCCAGGAUAUGAUUCUUCACCCUGUCGAGAUAAUUCACCAAAGAGGUAUCUGAUACCCAAAGGAGAUUUAUCUCCCAGAAGACAUUUGUCACCCAGGAGAGAGCUGUCCCCCAUGAGACAUCUUUCACCGAGAAAGGAAGCUGCCUUGAGAAGAGAGAUGUCACAAAGAGAUGUUUCACCAAGAAGGCAUCUGUCCCCAAGGAGGCCAGUGUCACCUGGGAAAGAGAUCAUGGCCAGAAGAGACCUCUCUCCCAGAAGAGAGAGAAGAUACAUGACCACCAUACGAGCACCGUCUCCCAGAAGGGCUUUAUAUCACAACCCUCCGUUGUCCAUGGGGCAGUAUUUGCAAGCAGAGCCAAUUGUAUUGGGGCCUCCUAAUUUAAGAAGAGGAUUACCUCAGGUUCCUUACUUCAGUCUCUAUGGAGACCAAGAAGGUGCUUUCGAACAUCCGGGCUCCAGCCUUUUCCCUGAGGGUCCCAAUGACUAUGUCUUCAGUCAUCUUCCACUCCACUCUCAGCAGCAAGUGCGAGCUCCUAUCCCCAUGGUGCCAGUUGGUGGGAUCCAAAUGGUUCACUCCAUGCCGCCGGCCCUUUCCGGUUUACACCCUCCACCCACAUUGCCUCUGCCAAUGGAGGGCUCUGAGGAGAAGAGGGGAGCGUCCGGGGACUCCUUCGCUAAGGACCCCUACAUGGUUUCUAAGCAGCAUGAGAAACGAUCGCCUCAGGCUCUGCAGUCAUCUGGUCGACCCAGCACGCCCUCCUCUCCUCGGCUCUUGAUGAAACAGAGCACUUCAGAAGACAGCCUGAAUGCAACAGAGCGGGAACAGGAGGAAAACAUACAGACUUGCACAAAAGCCAUCGCCUCCCUCCGGAUUGCCACAGAAGAGGCCGCUCUGCUUGGGGCAGACCAGCCAGCUCGGGGGCAGGAGCCCCAUCAGAGACCCUUGGAAAGUGCACACGUUAGCACUAGACACUUUAGUGGACCUGAGCCAGGUCAGCCCUGUACCUCAGCUACCCACCCUGACUUGCAUGAUGGUGAGAAGGACAAUUUUGGUACAUCACAGACUGCGUUAGCUCACUCCACGUUUUACAGCAAGAGUUGUGUGGAUGACAAACAGUCGGGCUUUCAAGGCAGCAAAGAAAUACCUUCAAGCACAGAGGAAGGCAAGGAACCUUCAUCAGAAAAGAGUCAACUACAUUGAUCUAAGAUGCAUGGAGACUUUCAUUUCCACAUUUUCCCAUUUUGUUUUUGUUUUUCUAGAAAUAGAGGUAAUCAAGUUUAUAGCAUGCCUGUCCUAAGUUCCAGUAGUUUGCUACUAUAUAUACUUUUGUUAUAUCAAAAGAAUUAGGUAAAUUAACAAGUCAUCAUGAGCCUGACCAAAACAAAAUUUGAAAUUAACCUAUUGGGUCUGGUACUUUUAAAAUUGUACAGAUGUUUGUGCCUUUUCUUUACUUUGCUUAUAUUCUUAUAAGCAUUUUUUAGCAGUAAUUUGUACAUAUUUUAGAAUUUGUGUAUCUGCUUUGUAAUAAAUGUAAUUUCUUUCCUUUUUUGGACACUUGGAUCUAAAUGAUGUAAAGCAAAACAGCAUCAAUAUAUAUGUGAGGUUGCACUAAAACAUAUUUUUAUAUGAUUAAAACCGAACAGCUUUUAUGUACAGCUCUGAUUCUGUAAUACUAAUAUUUAUUUACUUUGUUUCAUAAAUUGUACAUUUUUUCUUAUUGUUGUGGAUUGCUUUUCUAUGUGAAGCAUGGGAUUUACUGUUGCGUAACUAGAACAAAAUGUAUAUUGUAAACAAGAUAUUUAAACUAGAGUAUCUUAUUCUGCACUUAUGCAUUAGUUUAAAAAAAAAGAUAAAAGAUGUAUCAGUCAGUUCUUAACUCUUGUAAAUUUUUUUUGUCUCUUGUUUGCUGGAUUGACUAUAACUUAAGUGCUGAUUGUGAUUUUAAACUGAUAGUACCGUAAAGCAUUAAAGUAAACAAUGUGCUAUUGUGAGUUUUUUCAAAGCUUUAUAAAUCAGUUAUAAAUAAUAUUAAAAGUAUUUGGUCUUAUGUGAACAUGUGGAUCUACAUACUCACCUAAAAAUAUGGGAAAACAUUCCGCCCCAUGUAAAUAUGUACAAGUGCAUCACUGGUACAAUUUUAUGUAACUCAGUUGGACACUAGGUUGCCACAGACCUAUGCUAGGGUGUCUUUAAACAUUAAAGUGACAAAGCACAUGGGACUGUGUAGAGCUUGGUUAUCGGCCGGCCCGGUGGCUUGGCAGGCAGUGCUGUGCGCUGCUCAUGGAGAAGACCUGGGCUUAGCAAUCUCCUUGGUUCUUGCUGCACAAGGUGGUGACUGGAACUAAGGCUACUACAGAGGGGUCGCUUGGACCCGGAGGGGUGGGUGUGGAAGCGGGGAAGGGUGUGGAGCCCUGCUCCCUGGCCCUUCCUGUCUGCCAGUCCACACGGUAACAGGGUUGACAUCAGCUCUAGGGGAAGCCACUUGACCCUCCUGAAGAGGGGCAGAGUGUCACACUCCUGGCUAUCUCAGGGGGAACGGGAAAAGAAGCUUUCUGGGUACAAGAACUUGUGGGAGGAUGUCUUUUGUACAUAACAUUCAGAGUGGGCUUCGGUUAGCGGUGACGGUGGGCAGAGCCUUUGUUGGCAGGUUCAGACGAGUGGAAGGAAGGGAAGGGAGUACAACACAUGUGCACACACGCACGUGUGUGCACACACACACAAUCUGGGUUAUCUUUGUGCUAUAUAGUGGAUUAUAAUUCUGUGAAACCAAGUUUGUAUAUUGAAUUACAUUAAGGAGUGUUCUUUAAAAAGAGAAAUAAAUAUACAAUUACAUGCUU